CAAAGUAUACACAUAAUUAAAAAAAGAAGAAACAGUUACUAUUAGUUAGCUAACAGGGAAUGAUAGAUCUCUAGAUUGUUUAAUAAACCCUAGAAUUUUUUCAUUAUAUAUUCUUUGAUGAAGAAGCGUGUUAGACGUCAGAGGAUUCUCAUCCUCUCAUUACUAUCCAUCUCUAUAUUUGUUCCAGUUAUUCUUUUCUCCAUUUUCACUUCUUCUCAUGUACACAAAGGGUUGGUUGAGGAUUUAACUACCAUUAAAUACAAAACAGAAACACUACAAAUGAUGAAUUCAAUCGAACAGGAAAUAGAAAAAGAGUUGAAAGAGCCUACAUUAGCUUUAUACAAAAAUGAGACUUUUGUUAGUGAUGAAAACGUCAAGUCGUUUGAAAUAAACGAGACGUUUGGCAAUGCAAGAGGGACUGAUGGUGGGGGACUGGAUAAAAAUCAAACUAGGGUACAGAGUGCAUCCUUUUGGCCUUUUGGAAAGGGAAAUUCUAGGAAAUUAAUUGCUGGAGAAAGAGAUGUCCAGUCCCAGACUCUGGGAGCAAGGGACGAGAAGGUGAGAGAGAUAAAAGAUCAGGUGAUCAUGGCGAAGGCAUACUUGAAAUUCUCAUCACAAGACAAAAAUUCACAAUUAACCAAAGAGCUGAAGACACGAAUUAGAGAGCUAGACCGAGCUGUGGGUGAAGCUUUGAAGGAUUCAGACUUGUCAAGGAGUGCUUUGCAGAAAAUGAAAUCCAUGGAGGCUACCCUGUAUAAGGCCGGCAAGAUUUACACUGACUGCCCUGCCAUGGCAACAAAAUUUCGGGCAAUGACUUACAACACUGAAGAAGAGCUCCGAGCUUCGAGGAAUCAGGCCAAUUAUCUCGUUGAGCUUGCUGCAAGGACUACGCCAAAGGGUCUUCACUGCCUCUCUUUGCAGCUUGUAGCUGAUUACUUUGAACUGCAGCCCGAGGAACGUGAAUUCCAAAACCAACAAAAUUUGCAUGACCCAGAUCUCUAUCACUAUGUUCUCUUUUCUGACAACAUCCUUGCCUCUGCAGCUGUAGUCAAUUCCACUGUCUCGACUUCUUCUGAACCAGGGAAGAUGGUCUUCCAUUUGGUGACUGACGAUCUCAACUUCCUAUCGAUGAGAAUGUGGUUCUUGCUAAACCCACCUGGCCAAGCUACCAUUGAGAUUGAAAGCAUUGCCAAUAUUGACUCUCUCCCUUCAAAGUCAGUGUUGAAGAAGAAAUAUUCCCUCGACCCCAGAUACUUUUCUCCAUUAAAUCACCUUCGCUUCUAUUUACCAGAGAUCUUUCCUGCAUUGAACAAAGUUGUGUUCCUUGACCAUGAUGUAGUGGUGCAGAGGGAUCUCAGGGGAUUAUGGGAUGUAAACAUGAAGGGUAUGGUGAAUGGAGCUGUGGAGACUUGUCAGAAAGAUCAAUUUUCUUACCGUAGGAUGGAUAUGUUAAUCAAUUUCAGAGAUCCAUUUAUUGCCAAGAGCUUUGAUGUCAAGUCAUGCACCUGGGCAUUUGGCAUGAACGUGUUUGAUCUGCGAGAGUGGAGGAGACAUAAUUUGACUAGGGCUGCACAACGGGUAGGGUGGGUAAGAUAUGGCCUAUACCCGCCACCCUACCCGUUUAUGAACAGAUACAUCAUCAAGUACAACAGAAUGGGCUAUGUUUGA